AGGAAUAGAUAAAAAACUUGUGGUAUGUUUAUACAAUGGAGUAUUACUCAGCUAUAAAAAAAGAGUAGAACUGAUAUAGUCCUGAGUACCAGCUAGCUACCCUGAGGGUUGAAAAAUCAAGAUAUUAGACACCUACAAUCUAUCAUGGCACAUCUGGGCCAGCUGUGCAUUCUAAGGAACCUAGAGGUGUUAGGAAGAUCAUUCUUUGUUUUUUAAAUUUGUUUUUCUAGUUUUGUCCUCCCAACUUUUUCCUUGUACUAUUACCCAAGUAGUCUAGCUGUGACAUCUUUCCUUAGUACCAUAGAAAGGUAGAUAUUUUUCUUAACACUCUUCUGAUCCUACCUCUUCACUGUUCUCCACGACAUAUACUCAGUUCCUGUUUCAAAUGUUUUAUUUACUAUUUUGCCUCUCUCAUCUAAAGUCACUCAUUCAACAAUUACUGGAUGAGUUCUAGUAUGUGCAAAGACACUGUGCUAAGCACUGGAACUGGAGAGAUGGCACAGACAGCUUCUGACUCUACUGUACUGCACAAAAUGGAAAGAGAAUGGGAGGGGAGGGAAGGAGUACUUUAAAGGUAGUAGAUCCAAAGCUCCUGGGCAUGCUCCCUAGGGCAGUGGGAAGGACAUAUCCCAGAAGCAGUGAGUUUUAAGCUGUGACUUGAAGGAGAAGCAAAAUUUUUAAUCACCAAUCAGGAAACAGAAUAUCCUUCAGUGACAGAAACCUGAGGUUUUGAGAAAUGGGAGAGCUUGUGAGUGAGCCUGGAAUGCCAAUUCCAGGGAGCACCUGGGAGAGUGCCACAGGACUAGGCUGUAAGGAAAGGAAGAUGAGGCUACGUUAUGAGGAAUUUUAUCUCGUCAUAUCCCAGAGUUAGAACUUACUAUGUAAUGGAUCCCUGGAAAAGCUUUACACACAGGGUUUGACACCUCUAGACUUUUCAGGAAACCUUACUUUUGCAUCACUGUGAAGAAUGUAAUUGGGAAUUGCCAGCAAGUCAUUAGGAAGCCACUGCAACUUUGAAGACAGGGGUGAUGGGGCUUUCCACGGCCAGAGUGGAGGAGUGGAUGAAAGGACCUGGUGGUGACAGAACCCUAGGAAUGGUUAUAGAAGAACAGUCAGUUUGGGCAACUAAGCAAAUACAGAGACAUUUGCAAAGACAGAAGGACUUUAUCCUACCAUUUGAGCUCUUCAGAUCCAGCCCAUCCCUUUGGGCCCAAGGUGAGUGCCCUUUUCUUUACCAACCAUCUUUUCCCAUCUCUUUCUCCUUAGAGACCAUGCCCUUCCCACAUAACCAGGCUGGGAUUCAGCAAUGGACACUCUGCUCUCUAAGCAUGAAGUUAUUAUUUCAUAUAUGUCAAGUCUGUUUCUAAACUGGGUUGUGAGGCUCUUCUCAGGACCUACAGCUCAUGCCUCUCAGAUGUUUGUCAACUUACCAUCUUGGGGUUGGCAUUUACAGGGUUUGACAAGCAGUGGAGACUAACGCUAUGCUUGCAAAGGAAAUUUUACGUAUAAACUACAUAUGGAGUGGAGAUGUUCUAUUUAAGAGUGGGGUAGAAGACUCAGAAUCUAAGACGUUUAGCCUCCUCCUUUCUAAGCAGCAGUUCCAAGAAACUCCAUUGUAUCAAGGGCCUCAUGAGACAGUUAGAGAACUUUCAGCUUUGUGGAUUGACCAUAGCUUUGGAGUCAGACAGAUCUGAGUGUAAGCUUCUAUUCUGCCACCUCUUCAGCUGUAACAGGGGAGACAGCUGAAGAAACAAUUGCAAGCCUCACUUUUCCCUCUGUAAAUCAGACACAACGCAUUCUUUGUAGGGUUAUUGUGAGGACAUAAUAAGAUAGUGCGUGUAACAAUCUCUGGCAAUUAUUUAAAUGCUCACUAGGUUAUUGGUAAAAUAAUCUAGUCACUGUUAAAAAAAUUACUAAGAUGUGAAGUGCCUGAUCCUUAUUGAACUGGCACUUGAUUGAUCUAAUUUAUUAUUUAUUCUCAGAUUAAGGAUUGGGGGAAGUUAUGGCGAGUUUGAGACUAGGAGGGGAACCAGUUCCGUUUUGUGUUCCAUCCACUCCAUAAACACAUGACCACCUGCCUUUUCAUGAGGGGCUAUCAAUAUUUAAUGCAUGGGUGUCAGUUGCUGUAAACUGAGCACAGCCCCUAACCGACUUAAAUUAAUCAUAUGUGGGAGGAGAGAACAUUCAAUGCCUUUUUUUCUCAGACUCCUAAGUUUCACUGGCUACACAGAAGCCAGGAAACCACAGGGUGAAGCUCCUCCUGAUGGAGGACCCCGAAAAGAAGCUGAAUCAGAAGAGUGACGGCAAACCCCGGAAAGUACGAUUUAAAAUCUCCUCCUCCUACAGUGGUCGCGUGCUGAAGCAGGUCUUUGAGGAUGGGCAGGAAUUAGAGUCGCCAAAGGAAGAAUACCCUCAUAGUUUUCUCCAGGAGGCUCUUGAACCCAUGGAUGGUGUUUACGGGUCUGGGGAGCCCCCCAACCCCCCACUAUAUACCCCUAGGCUGACUGCUCAGAGGAUCAGUGUGUUCAGAGAAGGCAGUGCCUACACGCUGGCUGGCAGCCAGCCUCUGUUCAAUGAUUACAAGGCGAAUGACCAUAAGCCCCCACCUAUUAUAGAUUUUGGAAAAAUAAUCAUUUACACCAAUAACCUGAAAAUCAUUCGAACCCCAAUGGACAAGAGGGACUUCAUGAAGAAAAUUCUCCAGAAGGAAGAGGAGGCUGAGGAAGAGUCUCUGAUGAACAAGGAGGAAGGCUAUGGAGACAGAGACCAGAAUGACGGGCCUCUGCAAGAGGCAGAAGGAACGUUCCCCCCUAAUCGGUACACACAGGAUGGGGAGCUUCCUGAGGACAACUGUUUCCACUGCCGAGGGUCUGGCAGUGCUACCUGCUCCCUGUGCCAUGGCAGCAAGUUCUCCAUGCUGGCCAACAGAUUUAAGGAGUCCUACCGGGCCCUGAGGUGUCCUGCCUGCAAUGAGAAUGGCCUGCAGCCUUGUCAGAUUUGCAAUCAAUAGCCGUGGCUUUUCCAUGCACCCUUCCUAAUGUUUUAUUGCACCCUUCCUAAUGUUUUUCUAAUAAACCACCCUCUCCCCUUCCCUUUCUUAGCAAGGAAGCCAAUGCAACCGCAAUUACUUCCACUACUAGCGAAACUCAGUUAUUGGAAUAAAUUUCAUGAGGCUGGUAACAUCUCCAUGUAGGUCUAAGUAGCAGGGGCAUUUUUGAAUUAGUCAGCUUUGAGAUUGGUUCUAAAAUGAUCUUUCCAGGAACGAGCGCAUGUAUCUCAUUUGACAUAGCUCAGUUUUCUCCUUGCACCAGUGAACAAAUAAAUGUACACUUCAGGCAGUAGGUUGAAGUCAUUUUCUGGUUAGGACUUAUUUUGCAAAAUUAUUCAGAGAGAAAGGAAUAAAAAGAUUUCUGAUGAACUGAAUUUCUGUUGCUUACAAUUCAUCUGAAAUUGUCAUUGGUCAAACUGAAGUUUUAAGGAAGAAGUUUUAAAGAAGAGGGAAGGGAUUGCUAAUGGCGACUACCCUGGCAGGCCACAGCAAGCAAAACAGAAUAUUCAUUCUGGAGGGAGGCAAGCAGAGGAGGCCUUUCCUUCCAGACUCUCCUGCAUGCUGUGCUUUGGUAAUAUCCAUGCAGGCUGUGAUCAGUACCACUUCCAGAGGUCAAGAUUCACUAAGACAGUUUUGCAUGCUUGUAAGGGUUGAGGUUAUAAGCCAAGUCAAAGGCACUUAUGAUAAAUUUGGUGCUCGAGUCUGUAUGUGAUAGGACUCCUUCCAGCCUCUGAAUACUUACCAAAUAAACAAAUCUGUGUUAGGCAUGAGAAUCUAGCCACAAUUUUUUUAUGAAGGACUGCAUAUAUUUUAUAGGUAUCUACUUGAAACCUCUGAGAGAAAAACUAACCAAUACUAAUUUUGGGCAGUGAUAUUUCUACUGUUCAGGGAUGCACUUAGUAAGGAUGAUUCUUUCCUCUUAAAGUUGGUUAGGAAAUUUUUAAAAAGCACUUCUGUUAGUGAACUUUUUUGUGUCUCUAACAGCCACUCCCAUAUCCCUUGAGAAUAACAUUGCAAAAUCUGUUCUCUCCCACAGCCCUUGUGAAUAACACUGUAAAAGCUGUUAUCUAUUGAGACUUGUUGCUUUUCUAGGAUUUUGAUUUUGAUUUCAUAACUUAAUAAUUUUUUAAGAUUUGUUUAUUAUUCUGUAACAUCUGCUAAAAUAAUUCAGGAAUGGAAUUUUUUUGGGGUAAUACAAAUACUUCUAAUAAAGAAGCUGAACAUGUUUUCCAAAGCCA